AUGGGCAGGCUCAUCAAGAACCACUGGGCACGAUUGAUCAUCAUGGUGGCUUCAACAUUUCAAAUCGCUGCCGCUGUGGAAGGCUUCAUCUGGCCCAAAGUGUUCUGGGACUUCAUAUCCCACAAUCUCGACGGCGCCGUCGAACCCGUUCCCAUCCUUCAAAUCCUGAAUCUGAUCAUGGGCCUCGUCGGUCUUGCCUGGGAAUGGCCGCUCAAACAGCUCGCGGGGACCUUUCCCCAUCGAAGCAUAGAAUUCCGAAUCAUCCUAUAUCCUCUCAGCGCUCUCUUCUGCGCUCUCAUCUACCAAGGCACCGACCCGGCCUUAUAUUAUCUGAUUGGCGUGGCGGUGUACUUCUGGGCCUACAGUGAAGGCGAGGUGGUUUGUGCGGAACCAUGGACAUUACCAAAACGCUCAGCGCUGCUCAGUGGGUAG